GAUAUGCGUUUAUUUUUUGCUGCACAAAAGAAUGACUGCCAACCUGGCUGAAGCCAGUGCUUCUGAAGAAGAUAAAAUAAAAGCCAUGAUGAUACAGUCUUUCCGUGAAUAUGAUCCAGUCCAUCCCAUGAAGAAGCCCUUGGCUACACCUCCACCAUCAUAUGUUUGCUUUCGGUGCGGAAAACCUGGCCACUAUAGAAAGGACUGCCCAAGAAAUGGGGACAGAAAUGUGGAGUCUGUUCCCAGACUGAAAAGGAGCACAGGAAUUCCAAGGAGUUUCCUGAUAGAGGUGAAAGAUCCCAACACAAAGGGUGCAAUGCUGACCAACACUGGAAAAUAUGCAAUCCCCAUUAUUAAUGCGGAAGCUUAUGCUAGAGAAAAGAGGAAAAGGCCUCCAUCUUUACCAGAGGAGCCAUCCUCCUCCUCUUCUGAUGGUCCUGUUCCAGAUGAGCUGUUAUGUCUCAUUUGUAAAGACAUAAUGACUGAUGCAGCUGUUCUUCCCUGCUGUGGAAGCAGUUAUUGUGACGAGUGUAUUAGAACGGCAUUGCUGGAGACUGAGGAAUAUACAUGCCCAGCGUGUCACCGGACAGACGUUCCUCCUGAUGGUUUAGUUGCCAACAAGAGCCUACGCCAGGCUGUGAACAACUUCAAAAAUGGUGUUGGCUACACAAAAAGGCUCCGUAAGGAGAUCCAGCAGCAACCAUCAGUACCCACAGGUGGUAAUGACAGCUUUAGAAUUUCUCUUAAACAAUUACCUUCAGAUAAGCUGAAUGGGCUUUUUUGA